AUUUCUGGCUGUUAGUCUUUGAGAAUGAGCACUAUAAUCAGAGAUCCCACAGCAGCAUAAACACUUUCCAUAUUUUCGACCUUGAUGCUUACGCCAUUAGUCACAUUAUACUUAAAGUCGAGGAAUAUAUCACGAAUCCAGUCAAUACAACUAUGCCUACUAUGACGCGCGCGCUUUGAGUUUGACGUGUCCUCGCAGACUCUCUUCCAUUUACGGGAAACAAUCCACUUUGGGGAUACUUUAUCACCUCCGGAGCUAUCAAAAGUUGUCUCCGUUCAUUGUUUGACAGUCUGAAAACAUUUUCGGGCAAACGGAACCAUUCCAAGUCAGAACCAUUGUGCGGUAGGUCUAGCUGCCUCAUUCAACUGCUCUGUUUGUAGUUGCUUCGGGAGCAUACAUAGAUCCACUUACUUGUGAACAAGUUACUGGAUACACGCAAAGUUACCAAUACAGUCAAAGAUGUCGCUAAAUGUCGUUAACCAGAUUAUAGCACAGUUGACAAGUCGUGGGACAUUCAAUCAGGUUUUCAGAGGAAUCCAAGCUAUUUCACUAACUGAUAAUUGCCUGACUUGUAGGUUCAAAGUUACAAAUUCUGAAGCUAAUUCACUGAACACUUUACAUGGUGGAUACAUUCUUGGGGCUGUCGAUUUCAUAACUUCUGUCGACCUGAUGAGGUUAGGGUGUACGAAACAUGUUAGCGUAAAUCUUGGAGCAUCAUUUAUAAACCCAGGGAAAUUAGAUUCGUGGAUUCGGACAAAUUCAUAUGUACUAAAGAAAGGGAAGCGCCUGGCCUUCUGUGAAAUAGAAUUCGUGGACGAACAUUCAGGACAGCUAGUUGCACAUGGAAAUCAUACGAAAUAUAUUAUAGAAGGUAAAAGCCUAUCUCAGAAAGAGUAGUGGUGUUAAGAUCUUUUUUCUUCGAUCUUUUCCUUGCCCUAUCAUAUAUCAAGGUUGUUUAGGGUAAAAAGUGUAAUGUUUGUUUCUCUGAAUUAACUUUCCAAUAGUUGAAUAAUUGUACAUGUAUAAAUCAAGCUGUAAUCAUUCAUAAAGAGUCAAAACUAAUCUUUUACUUUUAAACUUAAUAGCUG